AGGCACGUCACACUCCCGAAAGAAAUUGCACAAUGGAUUCCUCACAGUGGCAUACUAGCUGAUGAUGAAUGGCGAUCUCUUGGCGUGAAGCAAUCGUAUGGUUGGGUACACUAUAUGGUUCAUGCACCAGAGCCUCAUGUUCUUCUAUUUAAAAGACUGAAGGACUAUCAGAAUAAGGUAUAG